UCUAUCUCCCGCCUACCCAUCUCAGCCCCUCUCUAUACAUCUCUCAUUGCCUAUCCCUCUCGUUUUGGGGUUUCAUUGUUUUAGGUUUUGGGGGUCUGAUACAGUUACAAAGCCAACUGAAGCUAUAAUAGCAGCCAUGGUUAACAUACUCUUGGGUUUCGCAACAACUUAGAAGGUCGAGACUGAAAUGGCAAGAAUUAUGGAAAUUUCAGAAGUUUUCUAUGCUCCAUUGCUGUUGCAAAGGCGAUUGGGACAAUCUUCAGUGGAUUUGAGGUUCAGAGCAAAAUUUCAGGAAAAUUUCAUUAGUGAUAUGGUUCACUGUGAGAUUAGCGCAAGUGAAGUGAUUCUUGGAGAUCAAAGCCAUAUUCAUCUUUUAGAGAAUGGAGGGAUUUCGAAAAUUGGAUGCGCUCAUUCAAAAACAGUUUCGAGGAAUUUGGAUGGAACCAUAGAUAUCAAUCUUAUUGAAGCUACAAUCAGGGAUCCUGCAAAGGCCAUGUGUUAUCCGACUACACGGCGUAUUUUCUUGGAGAAUACGCAGGCUAAGUUGCGUGCAACAAAGUGAUAUGAAAUUGGACGAAAGCAACUAGUUGAUGGCGGAUAUUGGAGCUGACAAUGUUUUGGGCUAAUCAUGUGUUAUAGAACAUGAAUAUGAGUUGAAAUACAGUGUGGUUUUG